AUGAACAAGAUCCUCGUCGCCCUCGCGCUGCUCACGCCCUCGGCGUCGGCCAUGUCCUGCGCCCUCGACACGUCCGUCGACGGCGCCACGACGGCCAUCGGCUCCGGCUCCAAGAUCCGCUUCGUCGGCCUCACGCCGUCGAUCACGCGCCACCACACGUCCGGCGCCGACCAGGUCGUCGUCACGGGCGCCUCGUCGGCCUACACCGUCUCCACGGACGCCGACGGCACCAUCGUCUACUCCAAGGCCGCCUGCGGCGACGACGACCACGACGACCACGACAACCACGACCACGGCGCCGACGGCGGCAACGUCGUCAUGGACGAGUCCGACGGCGCGGCCUCCGCCGGCCCGUCGUGGCUCCGCGUCGCCGCCGCCGGCGCCGCGUGCUCCGUGCCCGGCGCCCCCGGCAAGGCCCUCGGCCUCGGCCUCCUCGCGGCCGGCGCGCGCGCGGCCGACAUGUGCGACGAGGUCAUCGAGGUCGAGAUCCACACGUCCGACCACGACGAGUCCGCCGCCUCCGAGGCCGUGAACCCCUGCAUCGACGCGGCCCUGGGCUACGCGCCCCUCCGCGACGACCUCGCGAACGUGCCCUGCGACGACGCGGGCGCCCAGUCCGCCACGGACGUCACCGUCGGCGCCGUCGGCGAGAUGGACCCGGGCCUCGACCCCAUCGAGGACUACAACGCCAUGGGCAUGUGCACGGUCAACAUCCACUGGCACAUCGGCGCGGAGCACCGCUCCGAGGGCGUCUACGACGAGACCUUCGACUUCGACCACCCGGCGCUCCACGACGACGACGCGCACCGCAAGCUCGCGUGGACCAACGGCAAGCAGCGCCCCAACGGCCGCCGCAAGCUCGCCGGCGGCCGCGUCGGCCACAUGUGCAAGAACGCCAAGGACAUGCACGACGCCAACGACCCCAUGGUCGCCAACGAGUACGACUGGAAGUACUGCGAGGGCAUGCACGUCGGCCUCACCUACGAGUUCCACUGGCCCCACUCGUCCCUCGGCGCCUGCCAGACCGAGUGGCAGUACCAGUACCACUUCCUCGACGGCGUGCUCUGCGGCGCGACGCAGGGCAACGUCGACAUCGCGACGGCCUCCGCGCUCCUCUCCGACCGCACGCACGGCAUCGGCGUCGAGGGCCAGGUCUACACCAUCGUCAACAGCGACGACGGCGCCCACAAGCACGCGACGUGGUCGGCGCUCGACGGCUGGAACAAGGAGCUCGCGACGGACUACGCGUGGUACCAGGGCUCGACGACGGGCGACGCGGCGGACAACGAGAUCUGCCGCGGCACGGGCGGCCUCGUCACCUGGCACCAGGACCGCCAGUGCCACCUCCUCGAGGCCUCGACCAUGGACAACAUCUGCCGCCAGAUGCUCGUCAUCUCCGCGGACGACAUGUCGCCCGACGUCGCGCCCCACGGCGCCCGCGAGACCGUCAGCGCCUCGCUCUCGGACACGCCCUACACGCCCUGA